AUGGCGAAGAAGGCAUUGGCUAAAGAUCAGAUUGUCAAGCUCAUUGUCGGAGCUGGACAGGCCAGUCCCAGUCCCCCAGUCGGUCCAGCGCUGGGUAGCAAGGGUGUCAAGAGUAUGGAUUUCUGCAAGGAGUUCAAUGCCAGAACCGCGCACAUCAACACCGGAGUCCCCAUUCCCGCACGAGUCACCGUUCGUCCUGACCGCUCCUUCACUUUCGACCUUCGAACCCCAACGACGACAUAUCUCCUCCUGCAGGCUGCGAACGUGGAGCCCCGCAAGAACCGCAUCCGCGGAGCCAUGAGACCUGGCCACGAGACCAUCGGCAAAGUGUCCCUGAAGCAUGUGUACGAAAUCGCCAAGAUCAAGCAGUCCGAGACGAGAUUAUCGGGGUUGAGUUUGCAAGGACUGUGCAAGAGUAUUAUGGCACAGGCAAAGUCGAUUGGCAUCCAGGUUGUGCCUUGA